GGCAGCCUCCUUCAGGCGUGGUUCUGAGGGAGCCAUGAAGAGCCGGCGGCGGUGGAGGUGGCGGUGGCAGCUCCACCGGCGAUUUGCUCUGAGCUUAGCCGCCUACACGCUGCUGCUCCUGCUGCUCGUGUCUUACACGCUGGAUUAUCGAGCCAGAAGGGGGCGCGCGGGCGAGGAGUUGCCCCACCGCUGCCCCAGCCUGGAGGAGGCGCUCGGCGACUGGGGCUGGGAAGAGCCGCCGCCGCCGCCGCCGCCACUCCCACCGGCGGCGGGAGAGGCUGAGGACGGGAACGCGACCGGGAGGGAGCCCAGCCCGGGGAGCAGAGCGGGCGGGAAGCGGCACAUCUAUUUGCACGCCACUUGGCGCACCGGCUCGUCUUUCCUGGGAGAACUGUUCAAUCAACACCCGGAUGUCUUCUACCUGUACGAGCCCAUGUGGCACUUGUGGCAAGCGCUCUAUCCCGGAGACGCGCUGAGCCUCCAGGGCGCCCUCCGGGACAUGAUGCGCUCUCUCUUCCGCUGCGACUUCUCGGUCCUGCGCCUUUACGCGACGCCGCCGGCCGGCCGCGACCCACUCAUCCCCUUGCCCGCCUCCUUGGGGCCCAAGUCGGGCAGCGGGAGCGGCAACCUAAGCACGGCGAGUAUUUUCGGGUGGCGGACCAACAAGGUGAUCUGCUCGGAUCCUUUUUGUCCCCACGCGGCCCGGGCCCGCGCGGACGUGGGCCUCGUCGACGGCGCCUCCUGCGAGCGGAGCUGCCCUCCGCGUCCUCUGCGAGAGCUGGAAGCCGAGUGCCGAAAGUACCCGGUGAUGGUGAUCAAGGACGUGAGGCUGCUGGAGUUGGGGGCCCUCCUGCCGCUGCUGCGGGACCCGGACCUCAACCUGCACGUCAUCCAGCUUUUCCGCGACCCCCGCGCCGUCCAUAAUUCUCGGCUCAAGGCCAAACAGGCGCUGCUCCGGGAGAGCAUUCAGGUGCUGCGCAGCAGGUAUCACGCCGAAUUCCGAGGACUGCCCCGCCGGCAGGUCCCGCCCGCAGCAGCCGCGGCCAUCGCCGGGCUCGGCGGUGGAGCCGUCCGGACACACCCGCAGCACCGAGCCGAAUUCUUCCUGAGCGGCGCCCUGGAGGUGAUCUGCCAGGCCUGGCUGCGUGACUUGAUCUUCUCCCGCCGGGCCCCCGCCUGGCUACGCCGCCGGUACACGCAAGUGCGCUACGAGGACCUGGUGCUGGAGCCGCGCUCCCAGUUGCGCCGCUUGCUGCGUUUCGCAGACCUUCCCGCGCUGCCCGCCCUCGAGGCCUUCGCCUUCAACAUGACCCACGGGGCCGCCUACUCCUCGGAGCGCCCCUUCCUCAUCUCCGCCCGCGAUGCGCGGGAAGCCCUCCACGCCUGGCGGGAGCGGCUCAGCCGGGAGCAGGUGCGCCAAGUGGAGGCUACCUGCGGAGAAGCCAUGAGGCUCCUCUCCUACACCGCCGAGCAGCGAAAAGGGGGUUCGGCGGGAUUCCGCUAGGGGACGCUCCAACGCUUCUCCUCAUCCAGGCUAACAGACCGGUUGCUCACUUAUGAUAGACGAUUUCUGGAUGGAGCUCUUGACUUCUAAAGACACUGGAACACUCAAUGAACUGCAUUUUCUACUGUAACUUCUGCAUGGCAGAAUGAAUACUUACAAGCUUUAAUGAAAUUGUUUUUUUUAUUAUGAACAAAAAACUCUUUAAAUAUGACAUUUGUCACAGUGCAAUAUCUGUGCCCCUCUAGGUUUUGAAGUGUUUUAUCUUCAGUCAACAAAUGUGUUACUUGUUUUUAAUCAUACUUGCUACAUUCAAACCAUCUACUAACUAUACCAAGUAAAAACACGAGUGGAAUUUAGAAUCUCAGGCAAUCCAGCUAUGACUUUUGACCUUUUCAACCUACCCAAAGACUUGUCAACAAUAGAAGCAGAAAUCUUAAAGAUCUGUUGAUUAUUCCUCCCACAUUUUACACGCGCGCACACACACACACGUGUGUGUGUGUGUGUGUUUGUGUGUACAUAAACACUCUUCUGCUGUCCCUCCAUCUAUCCCCUUUUGAGCUAAUAUAAUGAACAGAAAUUUCCAUCAUCAAAAAGAGAAAAUGGUGUGGAGGAGUAGAAAGAAAGUCUGACUCAUUUUUGAUCUUACAGGGGAAAAGCCAACUUACAUAGAAGUUUAGAAAUAGUCCCAACAUAUACAGAUUUUAGUAGAAUACUCAUAUCAAAAUCUUUGUACCAUCUUUCAUAAACAUAAGGUCUCAACUCUAGACUUGCGCAAAAUGGUGCUAUCUUAUGAAACCACAUCAAAGUAAAUGGAAAGAACCAUUUGUUUUAAGGCACGGCCUAGUUGCUUCUGCCUCAGUGCCUGAGAUGGACCACUUCACUUCACCCAAAAGUAUUCACAGAAGGACCUCUGCAUGCAUGCACAAAAGCCCAUAGAAAGCCCUCAAAGCAGCCUAGUUAGUACACCAUCUAGACUGGUAUCAAAGAAGAAUCCUGACUAAAGAAGGUGUAAGAUAAAUAGUAUCUUCCCUAGCUGUUUUUAAAGCCCUCCCUUACCAUUUCUUCUCCCUCAUUUGAUUCUCUCCUUCCCUUAAAAGUUUACCAUCAACAAGAUUACACUAUUGCUCUGUUACUAUGCUGAUGACUUGAAAAAGCAGGUGUGCCUUUUUAUUGUUUUAAAUGAAGUUGAUCAUAUAAUACAAGAAAUGCACUCUAUAUUGGAUUUAAUUUCAACUAUUUUUUAAAAAGUCUGAAUAUGGCCACUGGUUCAAUAAAUUAAAAUAUGGAGUGAUUUUUAUUGUCAACAGUGUUAUUAUUACUAUAGAAAUUGGGACAAGGGGUUAAACUGACACGCUUGAGACCAAAAAUGACCUUUGUAACCAGAAAGGGAGAUCAUCUUGACUAAGAAAACCAACUUCAAAUCUAUUGCUACCUUGGAAUGAUGAAAAUGGUAGGUAGACAUCAUGUCAUAAACAUACGUUAUAUUGCAAACCAAAUGGCUGUA